UAAUGUGAUAAAUUCUGUUUUUACAUGCCUGCAUACAAUGUUUAAGAUAAUGUCAACGCCUUUUGUGAAUACAGUUUGGUUAGGAAUCAUAUAUAUUCUGACAACAACAACAACUUCGUCUUCAGCAAAUGAUAAUCAUAUAAAUUACAUCAUUAGUACUAAAACUGGGUCUAAGGCUUUCUAUAAUGUACUUCCUACCGUUGACAUAAUUUUGUUUGGAGCGAAUGGAGAAACACUAAGAAUAGACGACCUUGAUGGAUCAUUUAAGAAUGGUGGUGUAGAUACAUUCAACGUUUCUGCCCGAGAUAUUCGACCGAUAGAAAAGAUUCAGUUCAAACUUCACGGUAGAUUUUGGUUCACUGGCUGGCCACUUGAAUAUGUAUCUAUUAAAGUAGGACAUAUUCAAAUCUUUUACGCUAAAAAUCGUAAAGAUAUACCAAAUCUUCGGGCCAAAACUCACUCACUGAAUAUGACCAAUGAAGUGAAGCCAUCAACACCUCUUCCAUCAGCACUUACGUCACCACAUACGAAAUCGCCUACAACCUAUGUAUCAACACCUCUUCCAUCAGUUCUUACGUCACAACAUACGAAAUCGCCUACAACCUAUGAAUCAACACCUCUUCAAUCAGUUGUUACGUCACCAUAUACGAAAUCGCCUACAACCUAUGAAUCAACACCUCUUCCAUCAGUUCUUACGUCACCACAUACGAAAUCGCCUACAACCCAUGAAUCAACACAUCUUCCAUCAGAUCUUACGUCACCACAUACGAAAUCGCCUACAACCUAUGAAUCAACACCUCUUCCAUCAGUUCUUACGUCACCACAUACGAAAUCGCCUACAACCUAUGAAUCAACACUUCUUCCAUCAGUUCUUACAUCACCACAUACGAAAUCGCCUACAACCAAUGAAUCAACACCUCUUCCAUCAGUUCUUACGUCACCACACACGAAAUCGCCUACAACCUAUGAAUCAACACCUUUUCCAUCAGUUGUUACGUCACCACAUACGAAAUCGCCUACAACCUAUGAAUCAACACCUGGGUAUAUAUCAAAGUACUGUAACGUAAGUGGAGCCUAUCAGGACCCUGUCUACAACUGCACCAGAUCUUCAAUUGCACAGAUUUACAGAAAGUUGAUUGAGAACAAAAAUAAAGAUCAUGUGUACAUAAAUGAGAUUUUGGACAACCUAUCAAAUGCUACAUCAGAUACCAACGAGAAUAACACACUUCUGAUCGGAGAUAUAGCAACUGCUAUUGAAAUACUUGAACUGAUAACAGAUGUUUUCCCGGUCAAUUCAACACGCCUUGACAAUAUAACAGAUUCAUAUAUACAAACAGUUAACAAUAUUCUGGACGAAAGUACAACACAGACAUGGAAGGCAAUUAUAAAUAUGACAGGUUCCGGGGCGGACAGUAUUCUGAAGACAACAGAUCGUUUUGUGGAGAAGAUCUUGACAUCGUCCAAAAAUGUUACGGUUCACAUAUCAAAGCCAAAUUUAUAUUUAAAUAUGGGAUCAGUGCAAUUUUCUAAGAAUGCUUUUAAUUUCCCCAAGCGUGAAAAUGAAGAUAUCCCUGAUUGGGCUAGAUCAAGAAAGGAUAGGCUUGAAAUUGACUGUGAUAGCACAGUUGAGUCUUUUAGUGGAAUUAUGUACAGAAAUCUAUCAAUGAUUAUUCCAUCAUCAACUAACAAUACUAUGUCCGAGGAUCUACAGCUGAAUGCACCAGUCAUAUCAUUUACAUUAUAUCCCAAUCAUGAGCGACGGCUUGCAAGCCCGGUUAAAAUUAAAUUUCAGUUGUAUAAUAAAACAUUGGAUAAUGCGAGAUGUUCUUUUUGGAAGGAACCAGAGAGCAAAACGUCACAAGGUUUCUGGUCUGAUAAGGGAUGUCGACAGGAAACAGAUGGCAAGAACAAAGAUUUUGUUGUUUGCGUUUGCGACCAUCUUACUAAUUUUGCAUUGCUAAUGAGUCCAUCAUCGUCACCGAUUAACGAGGAUCACACCAAGGCUCUAUCACUCAUAUCUAAAAUAGGAUGCAUCGUUUCCAUGAUCUUUCUUGUUUUGAGUGUAGCGAUACACGCAUUUUUCUGGAGGUUUGUUAAAUCUGUCCAGACAAUUGUUCAUACAAACUUAUCCUGUUGGCUAAUUGUUGCUUAUAUCCUGUUUCUUGUCGGAUUUAACAGAACAGAAAACAAGGACAUUUGCACUGCUUUUGCGGUACUUCUUCACUUUGUGUUUCUGGUCGUUUUCUUCGGAAUGCUGACAGAGGGAUGUAGCAUCUCGUUCACUGUUCUAAAACCAUUAAGUUCUAGAAAACCUGGCAUACCACUAAUGAUAGCGUCAUAUGUCGUCGCCGUUAUAAUCGUCGUGAUAUCUAUGGGUGUUACACAGCUACACGGAUAUGGAUCCGAACAGGCAUGCUGGUUAUCAACUGAGACUGGAUUGAUAUGGGCUUUUCUUGUUCCGGUUUUUGUUGUUGUUCUGAUAAAUUUAAUCAUGGUAGUCUUAGUACUUCGGACAAUGUGCGGCACAGCAGCAAUGGCAAAGAAAUCAAACAAAGGACGGGCAAUAGCAGCAUUGCGUUGUAUACUGGUGCUUAUGCCGUUGAUGGGACUGACCUGGGGGUUUGGAGCCUUAUCAAUGAAUAAUGACACAGUUAUUUUCCAGUAUAUAUUUGCUGUUUUAAACAGUUUUCAGGGAUUGCUGAUCUUCAUAUUUCAUUGCCUGAUGAACAAAAAGAUAAAAGAUACAUUUUCAAAACAGAAAUCCAAGUGGCUGAAGUCGCAGAUGUACGAUCUUUCUGAAGUAAAGAAAAAUAAAACACAAGACAUGUCAAUGAAGUUUUCUAUGACAAACAACAACUGAUUCAUCGAUGGAGUAUUUCAAAUAUCGAUCAGCCGAACGUUUGCAUUUUCGCAUUUUUCCAAUGACCCAUCGAAGGAAUAUUUCAAAUAUUGAUUUCAACUGUCAACGCUUUGCAAAAUCAGAACUUUCAAUUGAUUCAUCGGUGGAGUAUUUCAAAUGUCAAUACACCAGGGCUGGCAUAUGCACAUUUAUCUUGUGUGCUUUGAGUCGCAAUGAGCUGGUUGUUCUGGUUGACUGUCGUUUUCAAUGUAUGACUGUAUCUCUUUUAUUGUAAUGUGGAUAAAAAUGAUAAAUGCAAAGAAAAAAUAAAUACCGCUUAUAGAUAGUGUAAAGUUUGGACGUAGAUGAUUUUAUUUUGGUUCACACUUGUUAUUUGUAAUGCCACAUGAAUACAAAGCACUGGUAAAAGAUUUAUUUAUAUAUUCAUAUUUCUAUGUAUAUCAUCAUUUGUAAAUCAGUUGUUUUUUCUGUGUUGAAUUGAGUGGCCAAAUGAUAUGAUGAAUUUGAGAUUUCUUACUAAGAAGCAGUUAAGAAUUCAAACCGAGUUGAUAUUCAAACCUUGGAUUACAGGACCUUUGCAUGGGUAAGAACUUGACAUGAGAAAAUGUACGUUAUGUUACUCCUCAGUUUGGGACCAUUUUUUCUACUUUCUAGAAUGUAAAUAGUUUGAUUAUCAAAAAAGGAAUACAAUACCUACGAUCAGAAGAAACAUUUAUUUCUUUUAGAAUAAAAAUAUGAAUAUAAAACACCAUAGCACUUUUGAAUAUGAGAUAAUAUGUCGGUUUAUUGAGGAUAUUGUUGAAAAAUAUAUAUAAUGAAAAUCAAACGCAUGUUAUAUGUGUAAAUUUAUUAUAUACAAAUGUUGUGUGGUAAUAAGUACUAAAGGUACUCUCCCUUUACAUAUAAUGUGUAUGCAUAAUUUGAGUAUGUAUCCUACUGAGCCUCGAAACCUUGUUAAUGUUUAUUUGCCACAUGUUGUCAAUAUCUUAAUCUGAGAAAAAAAUAUUUUAAUUUACAUAUCUAGAAUGUUUGUGAGAAUUGUUUUAAGAAAUUUGAACUACUCUCUUUAGAUUAAAUUGCAUUGCGUUUGACAUGUUUGUCCCUGAACACAUUUGUUUGUUUUGGCUCUAAACUUUUGUUGAACAAAAAUUUUGUAUUUUUACCUUGCAUUGUUUGAAUAAUUGAUCAUUGGAU